GCUGUCCGAGGUUGAGCCUGACUCAGUUUUCAUUGUGGUCCAUGUGGGCAAUUUUUCGACCUCCAUGUUUGCUGAAUUGUGGCCCUCGAGUCUCAGCACACCUCUUUGUACUGAUAAUGGACGUCUGACGAGGCGCGGUAGCGGUCCGUCGCUGCAGGCGGUGAGGAAGGCUGUCCCAGAGGCCGGCAGUGUCGCUGCUCCGGCUGCAGCAUGGCGGCGGCCGUACGCGCUGCAGGCUGUCUCCCUGCACUGUGUAGCGUGCCGGCAGGUUAUUUCCUGUCUAGGCAGCUCUCUUUAAACACCUUUCCAGUAGCAGCCACUUCCUUUUUGGCAGUGAAGGCAGCUCUCAGCCACGGCUCUUUGUCACCAAGGGAAACAAGGCACAACCAUUGUCUGACCAGCUUGAGCCAUGCGCUGCAGACACAGUGCUGCAUUUCCUCUCCCAGCAAGUGGAUGGGCCAGCAGUACAGACCCUACAGCUUCUUCACCAAACUCACUGCAGAACAACUCUGGAAAGGUGCGUUAGCAGAGACUGGAGCUGGAGCAAGAAAAGGCAGAGGCAAAAGAACAAAGAGGAGGAAGAAGAAGGAUUUGAACAGGGGCCAGAUCAUUGGUGAAGGGCGUUCUGGUUUCCUGUGGCCUGGUUUGAAUGUUCCUCUUAUGAAAAGUGGAGUCGUCCAGAACAUUGGCCAGAGAAGUAAAGAGGAGCAGCAGGAGGUGGAGGCCAACAUGGCCGAGCAGAGAGAAGAGUGGGACCGGAAGAGGAAGAUAAAAAUUAAACGGGAGCGCGGCUGGAGUGGGAACACAUGGGGAGGUGUCAGUAUUGGCCCUCCAGACCCGGGGCCCAAUGGAGAAACAUAUGAAGACUUUGAUACCAGGAUUCUUGAGGUAAGAAAUGUUUUCAAUAUGACAGCAAAAGAAGGAAGAAAGAAGACGGUCCGUGUCCUAGUUGCCGUUGGGAAUGGAAAUGGGGCUGCAGGUUUUGCUAUUGGGAAAGCCGCUGACCGGGCAGAUGCUUUCAGAAAGGCAAAGAACCGAGCAAUUCAUUACUUGUAUUACAUAGAACGAUACGAAGGACAUACAAUAUUCCAUGAUAUUUCACUAAGAUUCAAAAGGACGCAGAUCAGGAUGAAGAAACAACCCAGAGGUUACGGCCUCCGCUGCCACAGGGCCAUCAUCACCAUCUGCCGCCUCAUCGGCAUCAAGGACAUGUACGCGAGGGUCACUGGGUCCAUGAACAUGCUCAACCUCACCCGGGGCCUCUUCCAUGGGCUCACCCGCCAGGAAACCCAUCAACAUUUGGCCGAUAAGAAGGGUCUCCACGUGGUGGAAUUCCGGGAGGAAUGUGGGCCUCUGCCUAUUGUGGUCGCCUCCCCACAUGGGGCCUUGAGUAAAGAGCCAGAACCUGAACCUGAGGUUCCUGAUACCAAACUGGACUGGCAAGAAGUGAAGGCCAUGCAGGGAAUGAAGCGCUCUGUGUGGUUUGAUUUAAAGAGGUCCGCCACCUGAACGUCCCGGCCUGCCCCAGCCAGUGCUUGCUGCUGACAGCACCCGGACGACUACCCCUCACCUGGAUGUGUUGUCUUUUUUAUUUAAAAAAAUAAGUCCAACCUUCUUUCUUUUCAAAUAAAUAAUUAUAUUUGUUUUACUGAACACAUGAUAUAUAGCAGUGCGAUGGGAAUGUUACUGCAGAUAUCAGGAGCAGUUCAUUAUUUAAACUAGUAAGUGUAAGUGAAUUGGGAGACAGCCAAGUAGUGAUGGGCACAACAGCCAUUGCUCUGACAACUAAGGUCGUGUUUAUUACGGAGUCAUCCAAGAAUGAAUGUUUUCAGCUACAUUUUACAGAGAAGUUGGGUAGCCUGAUGCGCCAAGCCAUUACCAGGCAGUUCCCCCGGCAGUCGCAUGCCAUUGUGUUCAGUACUAUCCCAGGCUGUGGCCUCACCCUAGGCUGUGUUUACUGGUCUCUAGGUGAUAGUGGUUCUGGUGUGUCUGAAGUAUGUCUCACUGUCACCUUCACUCACAUGGCCCGAAAAGCUAAUGGUGUCGAGCGUCCUCAUUGGCUUAUCAGGUAUUCAUUCAUCUGGCCCAUUCAGAUCCUUUGCCCAUUUUAAAUAAUUGGGUUAUUUGUGUUUUUAUUAUCAGCUGUAAUUGUUUUUUGUUGUGUAUUAUAGAUACACAUCUCCUAUCAGAUACAACAUACAGUUGGGCUCUGGGGUUUUUGUUGGUUUGUUUUGUUUUUUGUCUUCUCUGAUAGUCUUGGCUUACUUACCUUUAACUGGCAUUUUUAGGUCAUUGACAUAUAAAGUGGUUGUGAUGUAGUGAAGCCAGUAUCUGACAAUAUCAAUUACACUUCUUUUUCCUUUUUUAGUAGUUGCUCUAGAGUUUGCUGUAUAUGUUCGCAGCUAAUCCAGGUCUCCCCUAGGCAGCACCAUCUCUGCUUUGUAGCUAGUUUAUUCAGGUACCUUACAGUAGUGGAGGAUUAAGUUCCUGUCUCCCUUCCCUCAUGUUCCCGCUUCGGUUCAUUCAGGCCUCAUAAACCUGGUACUGUUAGAGUUUUAACAUAUGUCUGUGUUUCUGACCCCCAUCUCUUUGUUUUCGUGUAUCUUAGCUUACAAGGCAGGUUCAUUGGAACAAAGCCUGUUGGUUGUUUGUCUGAGUCUUUGCUUAAUUAUAGCUCCAUGAGGCUUCUCUUUGAAUAGUUUUUCUCUCAUACUUUCUGAGAAGUUAGGUGCAUUGCUUCUUUCUGCCCCUCUUUAGGUAAUGUUUUCUUCUGUCUUCUUUGAAGACUUCUUUCCCCUUUAUCUUUAGCGGGUAGGCUAUGAUGUGCUGAGUGUAGGUCUUACUUAGACCCAUCCUACCCCCUUUUCCCUGCUUUGUAAGUUUCUCUUGAUGUAGCCUCCACCUAGAAGUCCUUGUGUUCAGUUUAGCAUCAAAGAUGCUCCCUGCUUUGCUUGCAGCAUUUGGAGUGUUUUGUUUAUUCAUAUUUUGAGACAGGGUGUGAUGGUUUGAUGGUAUAUAUGCUUAUAUAUUUGAAUGCUUGGUCCUGUUAAUGGAACUAUUUGGGAAGGAUUAGGAGGUGUGUCCGUGUUGGAGAAGGUAUGUCACUAGGGAUGGGCCUUGAGGUUAUCUUUCUGCCUGAUGCCUAUGGAUCAGGCUUUAAAGCUUUCAGCUCCAUACCUGCUGCCUGGUGCCAUGCUUCCUGCCAUGAUGAUCAUGAACUAACCUGAAAGUGCAAAGAAGACCCCAAUUAAAUGAUUUCUUUUAUCAGAGUUGCCUUGGUCAUGGUGUCUCUUCACAGCAAUAGAACAGUGACUAACUCACAAUGUGGCCAGGGUUGAUCCUUCUGCUAAGUAUUGUGAUAACAUGGUGUGCCAAUAUGCCCCACCUUCUUUUUUCCACUUACAAUACCAGAGAGAGCCCAGGAUCUUGAACGAGCUAGACAAGUGCUCUGCCACCGAAGCACACCCCCAGCAUGUUUUUGAUUCUUUCACAGACUCUCCCUGUUUAUAUACUUUACUGUCUGUUCUUUGGUGUUGUCUGUUCUCCGGUAACAUACUAAUCUUAGUUGUGUUAAACAUUCCUGGGGUGCUGACUCUGACAUCCCAUUUCUGCUGUGUCUCAAGCCUGCUUUGUUCAGCCUGCACCUUUGCUUCCAGUGUGCCUGUCACUGUUGCACAUGGUGUACUGGGUAAGGAGCUGAGGAAGUAGGUGGUUAGUGAUCUAAGGGGUGAGAUGAGGGAAGUUGUCUGGUGAUGGGAUUAACCUCAGUCUUCUGGUGAGCCUGUUACUGGGGGCUUCUCAGUUCUACCCCGUGGGUAUUGGAGGAUUCCCUGUCCCCUGAGUCACACAGUCUAAUAAACCAACAGUAAUUUAGUGUGCUAAAGCA